UUUCGCAUAGAUGCACCGCGUAGAGGCGCCUCAGCGACGCCGUGCGCAAGCGCAUGGGAGUGGGAGUAUCGCCAAUCAGGGCAAAGAUGCGCACGAAAGAACGAAAAUUGGUCUUUUCGAAGUUAUGGACUUUGGUGAACUGAACAAUAUGUAAUCUUACAUACAUAUUUAUACGUAUGUAUAUGAUUGGAGGAACAACUUCAUAUUAUUGACUACGUUCACUGCAUGAAAUUUUCGAAUCAUAAAUUUUCCAUUUAUUUACAUGCACGAGAGAUGAAAUUGGUAUUAAAGCGUGUAAAUUCGAAAAUUCAAAUAAGUAAAGUAAAUACACCAUAUUUUAAAUAUGACUUGUAUAAAAAGGACGCAAUAGUUAAUUGUGUUUAGUUCAACUGUAAUGAUGUGUUGCAUCUUGUGUGUUGUAAACAUAGAGGUGCAGCUAAUUCGUUAUACAAAAUUUGAUAGAAUUAAUAAUGACUCGAAUGUAUAAAUUUUUGUAACUCUAUAAUAAUAAGGGAUUAUAAAAUACGAUUUUAGUUGAAUUUUUAGUCAAUUAGUAACUCAAAAAGCAUGCCUAUACUUAACUUAUGUAUUUUAAAUAUAUAAAAAGAACCAUAGUUCUUUAUGAACUAACUUAUUUGAUGAGAAAUGCAAAUGCAAAUACCUUUAGGAUUCAGCCAAGAUGAGAAGACAAAUUCAUCUUGGUCAAGGAAGGAAAGGAGAAAAUGGUUUUUAUCAUUAUUAUGUGGCACUUGUCUUAUAUAUGCCACAAGGACAUCUGUCCCUUUAUUAAUGCCAAUUAUAAGUAAAGAGAAACAAUGGUCCAAACCAGAUUCUGGAAUAAUAUUAUCCAGUUUCUUUGGGGGUUAUACAUUAACACAAGUUGCAAGUGGUUAUAUUAGUGAUAAAGUUGGGGGACAGAAGGUGUUAUUGGUUUCAGCUUUUGGAUGGUCUAUGACAACAUUCUUUAUGCCAGAAAUCAUAGAAUUUUUUUCAAAAAGUGAAGCAUCUGUACUAUUAGUAGCAAUAGUAAGAACAAUAAAUGGGGCUUUCCAAGGAAUGCACUUUCCUAGUAUGAUUAGUUUGAUUAGUCAACGAUUACACGAAACAGAAAGAGCAUCAUUCUUUAGUUUAUUGACAUCUGGAUCUGCUCUUGGGACAUUACUCACUGGAUCCUUAGGUUCCUACUUAUUGGAAAAUUAUAACUGGAUGACAGUCUUUCAAAUUUUAGGAGGUUUGAGCUUGGUAUGGACACUUCUAUUAAGUUACCAUAUUCUACCAUUUAAGGAAAAAGCAGCUUCCAUUAAAUCAACUACUAGCUACAGUUUGCCUUGGUUGAAGCUUCUGAAAAAACCUCCAUUCUGGGCAUGUGUAAUAGGUCAUGCUUGCCAAAAUAAUUGCUUUUUUGUACUGUUGUCAUGGAUGCCAGCAUAUUUCCAUGAUACAUUUCCUGAAAUAAAGGGUUGGGUUGUAAAUAUGGUACCAUGGUUGUCUAUAUUACCCUGUACAUUUUUGGGCAAAGCACUUUCCGAAAAAAUUAUAAAAGCUGGCUACUCUGUUACAGUAACACGUAAAAUAAUUGAAACAAUAUGUUUUAUAACUGAAAUUAUAAGUUUAUUGCUUCUAGCAAAUGUGACAACUUUUCAAAGUGCUAUAAUCUGUCUUGCAUUUAUAAUUGGUGGAUCAGGUUUUCAUAACAAUGCAAUAGCUGUAAAUCCUUCAGAUCUUGCACCCAAGCAUUCUGGCAGUGUAUUUGGGUUAAUGAAUACUGUCGGUGCUAUACCUGGAUUUCUUGGAGUAUAUUUUUCUGGACAUAUUCUGCACGUAACACAUAGUUGGUCUGUUGUAUUUAUAUUUAUAGCUAUAAUAGAUGCAUUAGGAUGUAUUAUAUAUUUAUUAUUUGGUUCUGGUCACGCAAUUAUAUAAAAUAUUAUGAACCAAAUUUUUUGUUAUCUC